AUGGCAACUAGGAUCAAUCAAGAGGGCAAGAAAGAAUCUCAUAUAGUCGAUAAACCUUUAGACGACAUUGCGAGGGCGUUCAUGUCAGAAUAUUCUGUCCACGGCAAGAUAUUUGGCCAGGUCGGAUUCAAUUAUUCAGCCCACACGUCGGGUCAGGCAUACAACCCUGGAAAAUGGCCAAUACUUAGCCUGAUGGUUCCUUGUGUCCAAGUGGCCGUUUCCCACGACAGCAUCACUGUAGCGGGGUAUACGGAGGACAAUACAAUGGCCAUUUUCGACUUCAUUAAGGCUCAUUUGACUCUUGACACCGCCGGCUCUAUUCCAAGCUGUUAUCUACCGGUAGAUCUCAAAGCUGACGGCACCGAUUACGAGAAUCGAGUGGAGAGAGCAAUAUCCGAUAUCAAAAACGGCAAAUAUAUCAAGGCCAUUCCAUCGCGCAUGGUGAGCCUCCCGGAGCGAGUAGAUAUGCUAGCCACUUUGUUUCAUGGACGUCAGGCAAACACUCCGGCACGGACUUUCACAUUCAACCAUAUUGGCACUCAAGCCACCGGCUUUAGCCCCGAGGUGUUACUCUCUAUAAAUGGACGGACCGUCUUCACCGAGGCACUAGCUGGGACCCAGCUAGCUUGUGAAGCUGACACCGAGCCCACUCGAAAUAAACUGCUGAAUGAUCCAAAGGAAGUCAUGGAACAUUGUAUUGCAAUUCAAGGUUCAAUCAGGAGGUUGAGUCAAGUUUGUCCGCCUGAAAGUAUUGCCGUCAAGAAUUUCAUGUCGAUUAUGCCUCGAGGGAAUGUACACCAUCUAUUCUCACAUGUAACAGGCAACCUAUUGUCUGGUAAAGACGGCUGGGACGCUCUUCCAGGUUUGGUGGCAAAUAUAACAGUACCUGGUCUUCCGAGCCAGGGCAACAUGGGCGCUAUCCGAGCCUUUGAGCCAUAUCCUCGAGACCUUUACUGUGGGGCAGUUCUGAUGCUUGAUAAUGGCGCACAACUUUUCGAGGCAACCCUAGUUCUUCGCACGGUAUUCCAGGAUAAGGACCGGCAGUGGCUUCAGGCUGGUGCAGGAGUAACCGCACUUUCUAGCCCGGAGCGUGAGUUUGCAGAGACAUGUGAGAAAUUGGGUAGCGUUGCUCCUUACGUUGUGGUGGCAACAGGAAGUUCGUAA